UAGCUCAUUUCUUGGAUUAGGCCAUGGCACUGUUUCCUUGGGGAAUGUGGCCUCAACGCGACUGGUGGAGAGAAACGGACCCCGUCACUCGCCUCUUUGAUCAACAUUUCGGCAUGGGCCUGAUGAACGACGAUCUCCUGGCCCCACCCACCUACCACCCUUUCUAUAUUAUCGCCAGUCGAUCGAAUCGCGACCGACUCAAGUCGGGCGUGAGCGAAGUGGUCAAUGACAAAGACAAAUUUCAGGUGAACCUGGACGUGCAGCAGUUCACCCCGGAGGAGAUCAGCGUGAAAACGGUGGAGAACUCGGUUGUGAUCGAGGGGAAGCACGAGGAGAAGCGAGACGAGCACGGAUUCAUCUCUCGCCACUUCCAGCGACGAUACCUCCUUCCUGAGAAUGUCCGGCCGGAGAGCAUCCAGUCCUCCCUCUCCUCCGAUGGAGUUCUCACCGUCACCGCUCCCAAAAUGGCCAUCGAAGGCGCCCUGAAUGAGCGGAUGGUCCCCAUCACCCGGACAAACCAGCCGGCCAUGAUCGAAGGCGAAGAGAAGGCGGAUCGGAAGGAAUGAGGUGGAAAUGCGUCUGUUUUCUUUUCCCUCUCGAGAACUAACCGGACGAUAUGAACCAUUGUGCGGUAUUUCUUUCAGGUAUUUUUGCGUCUGGAGUGUUUUUUCUGUGCUUCUGGAGUGCCCUGC